GGGGUUCAGCCUGGUCGCUGGCACCGGUCGCCUGACUGGACUCCUCCCCGGGCCCGCCCGACCAAGCCUAUCUUGUGACCGCGGUGGCCACUUCGCCCUCGCGCUUGGAUCCUCCACUGCUGCGAUGCGUUUCCUGGUCGCCGCGUUCCUGCUCCUGGCGCUCAGUGCCUGCGCCCUGGCUGAGCCGGUGCGUUUCAAGGACUGCGGUUCUGAGGUUGGAGUUAUAAAGGAAUUAAAUGUGACUCCAUGCCCCGUUCAGCCUUGCAAACUGCGCAAAGGACAGUCUUACAGUGUCAAUGCUACCUUCACCAGCACUACUCAGUCUCAGACUAGUGUGGCUGUGGUGCAUGGCAUCGUGUUGGGCGUCCCAGUUCCCUAUGCCAUUCCUGAGUCCGAUGGUUGUAAGUGUGGAAUCAACUGCCCCAUCCAAAAGGACAAGACCUACAGCUAUGUGAACAAACUACCAGUGAAGAGUGACUAUCCCUCUAUUAAACUGGUGGUGAAAUGGGAACUUCAGGCUGACGGUGGCCAUCGUCUCUUCUGCUGGGAAAUCCCAGUGGAGAUUGAGAGCUAGAACUGUUUGAUUGCCAGUAUGUCUGUCGAGGGUCAGAGUGCAAGUAGGGAGAGGAGGAGCUAUCUAAAAGAGUAAACCAGUGCCAUAAGAUUAAAGGAAUUUCUGGGCUACUGCUCUGUGCCACUCAACCUCCAAAAGUGUCCAAGACCCUGUUUCCUGAGAGCUCAGAACCAGCCCUUGUAAUAUCCUUUGUAAAGGGGUUGAAGGAAAGAAGAGAGUGCGACUCGGGAUUUAUUUCACUGUCUUCUGCGGUUUUGAUCAGGAGGGUGUAACCAGACAGGACCCGAAUGAGGCUGCUGAGGUAUACUGGAUCACUGUCCCAGGCUAUGACCCUGGCAGCGGAGGCGGGUUCCAGGCCACAUCCAUUUAGCGGGAUAUUGCAUCUGCUGGCUCCUCACUCUAAGUGCCUCAUUGAGUUGACUAUGUCUGGCCCACACACCUGCGGACACUUGACAGCACCUCCGACUCCACUGCUUCCGCAGGGAACUGAGUGAGCUCCAGCGUCUCAGCAGAGGGGAGGUGUCCCGUGACAGAAAUUCACCUCUGGAUGGCUGGUUCUCUGUAGUUGUCUCCUGUCUCCUUUUUGUGUUAAGGGUUUUUCAUUAAAUGCAGCACUUGGUUAGCAAA